AUGUCAGCUUUCCGCAGACCCAUCUACGUGAAUCCCAGCUCGUCCACGACCUCAUCGGCGGGAUCCCCCGGGGCGCUGGCCUUCCACCAACAGUUCCCCGGCUAUGGGCCGAGUCCACUGGUAGCGCUGCCCGCCAUGGCCGAGGAACUGGGCGUGCGCGCUGUCUACCUCAAGCAGGAGAGCAAUCGCUUCGGUCUACCCUCCUUUAAAGUCCUAGGUGCCUCCUGGGCCAUCUACCAGGCCAUUCGCUCCUUUGUAGAGUUACCAGAGGGCACACCACUUGACAUCUUGAUCGAGCGGGUGCGCGCCCAGUCCGCCCCCAUUACCCUCCUCGCGGCCACGGAGGGCAAUCAUGGCCGUGCGGUGGCCCGCGUCGCCCAGCAGAUGUCGCUCCAAUGCCGCAUCUACGUUCCGUGCACGAUGCACACCUACACCCAGGAAAAGAUCCGCUCCGAGGGAGCCGAAGUGGUGGUGGUGGAUGGGGACUACGACCACGCCGUCGAGACAGCUGCCACGGCCGCCAACCAACUGUCCCAGGGCAUCCUGGUGCAGGACACGGCGUUGGAAGGCUACGAAGAGAUUCCGGCCUGGGUGGUGGAGGGCUAUGCCACCUUGCUCCAGGAAGCCGACACCCAACUACACGCCCUGGGCCUGCAGAACAGUCUCGUUGUAGCUCCGGUGGGCGUGGGGUCCUUCGCCCAAGCCGUAGCCACCUACUAUAAGUCGCGCGACACGCCUGCCACCGUGGUAGCCGUGGAGCCGGAUACCGCACCUUGUCUGACUCACAGCUUGCAACAAGGCCACCCAACCUCCGUCGUCACCAGUCCCAGCAUCAUGGCCGGCAUGAACUGCGGCACCGUGUCGUCCGCCGCCUGGCUCCUGCUGAAAAAGCUGGUCGACGUCAGCCUCACAGUCUCGGACUGGGAGAGCCACUGCGCCGUGCAGGACCUGGCUGCCCAGUCAAUUGACUCUGGGCCCUGUGGUGCCGCUUCGCUGGCGGCCAUCCGUCGGCUCAAGGCGGAGGCUACAUCUCCCUCGGCCUUCUUUUCGCCGGAGUCUGUCAUUCUGCUGCUCAGCACCGAGGGCUCUCGCCCCUAUGAGGUGCCAAUGGAUGUCUCCAUGGAUGAGCCGGUGUCACUGACGCAGGUGCUCACGCGGAUCAACUCCUCCAAUCCCACUCUGUCCAAGACGCAGGGCGCCGGGGAAGCGGCCAUCACCAACUACCUCUGUGCCUGGUUCGCUCAUCGUGCCAUCGAGCACCACCGCAUCGAGACGGCCCCCGGACGGCCUUCUGUGGUGGGCAUCAUCCGUGGCACCGGCGGCGGAGCGUCGGUUAUGCUGGAUGGACAUGUCGACACAGUCAGUUUGACCACCUAUGACGGCGAUGCGCUCACAGGACAUCUGGGGGUAAAGGAUGGGAAGGAGGCCGUGUUUGGCCGCGGCACAUUGGAUAUGAAGGGAGGUCUGGCAGCCGGGCUCUCGGCCCUUCUCGUGGCCCGGGAGCAACGACUGGCCGGGGAUGUAAUGGUAGCAGCCGUAGCAGACGAGGAGGAUGCUUCGCAGGGCACCCAAGACGUGAUUGCAGCUGGCUGGCGGGCUGAUGCGGGGAUAGUCCUCGAGCCGACUAACAUGGCCAUCGCGCACGCGCACAAGGGCUUUGUGUGGGUAGAAGUGGAGAUUCUAGGCCGAGCGGCCCACGGCUCCCAGCCGGCGGAUGGGGUGGACGCCAUCUUGAACAUGGGUCACCUGCUCCAGGCAUUGCGCCAGUACCAGGCACAACUGCCCGUUGACCCGGUGCUGGGACCGGGGUCAUUGCAUUGUGGAGUCAUCCAGGGCGGAGAGGAAGUGUCCUCAUAUCCUGCCAGCUGCACACUGACUCUGGAGUACCGUACGGUGCCGGUGCAGACCAACGAGAAGAUUCUGGCCGAGCUGGGUGCCAUCUUACAGCGACUGAGUCAAGAGCAUCCCGACUUCCAGUACCGAGAGCCGCGCAUCACGCUCUGGCGCCCCAGCCAGCAUGUUCCCAAGGAUCAUCCCGUGGUGCAGCAAUUGGUCCAGUUGGGUGCGGGUGUUCUCGAGAAACCUCCCCAGGUCGAAAGUGCUCCGUUCUGGUGCGAUGCUGCAUUGCUCACCGAGGCAGGGACCCCGAGUGUGGUGUUUGGCCCAUCGGGGGCAGGCUUGCACUCGCGGGAAGAAUGGGUGGAGGUGGAUAGUGUGCGGCAGCUCCGGGAGAUUCUGGGGCAAUUCAUCCAGCAGUUCUGUAAAUAG